AGAAAUCCCAAUAAAGCGAAACUUAUCCAAACAAAACCCAACAUUCACUGGAUUUGGGCCUUCCUCUGAAAAAUCCGUAAAGCUCCCAACAGUGACACUUUUGUACGCGCCUGUAAGCCGACACACAUAUUGACAGAGGGACUCAGAGAGAGAAUCCCAAAACUGAAAAAAUGGCAGAGAAGAAAGCAAGCAUUACCCACCAGCUUCAGGCCGCGAAGCACAAGUCCGGCAAGUCCUACAGCCAGCUUGCCAAGGAGACGGGCCUCACCAACGUUUAUGUUGCCCAGCUUCUCAGGCGCCAAGCUCAGCUCAAGCCUGAGACUGCCCCUAAGUUGCAGGCUGCCCUGCCCGACCUGCCCCAAGAACUCAUUCAGGAGAUGAUGAUUCCACCCUUGAGGUCCUACGAUCCUAAUUUGAUCCAGGACCCCACUGUUUACAGGUUGAAUGAGGCAGUUAUGCAUUUUGGUGAAAGCAUUAAGGAGAUUGUCAAUGAGGAAUUUGGCGAUGGAAUUAUGUCAGCUAUAGACUUCUACUGUUCAGUCGACAAAGUUAAGGGUGUGGAUGGCAAGGAUCGGGUAGUCCUGACAUUUGAUGGGAAAUAUUUACCUCAUUCUGAGCAGAAGUCAGAGCACAUGGUUUCAAGGUUGCGUUCGGAAUGAUAAUGCACAGCCUCAUGCUGAAGCAGCUGGAGCAAAUGGUCAUGCAAGGGAAAUAAUAUGCCGCAUACACAGGCAGGUGUUGUAACUUAAGUGUCUUUAUCAAUAAACUCCUUGUAUUGUAUGCCAUAUAGGUGUUUGUGCUGCCUGGCAUUGUUAAACAAAAUCUUAGAAGUAUCGUGUUGUAAGAAAGUAUGAGCACAGCCUCAAUCCGAGACAAGUGUUGUCAACGUUGUUCCCUGGUCAAUAAUUUUUUCUGCAUUUCCGUUCAUAA